GAGCAGCUGAGGUGGAUCAACGCGUGAGCUCCACUGUCAUUCGGACACUUUGACGAACUUCACGGAGACUUCACCCGCAGAGCAACAUGGCUGAAGCUGACAUCGCCCUGAUCGGUCUGGCUGUCAUGGGCCAGAACCUCAUCAUGAACAUGAACGACCACGGCUUCGUGGUCUGUGCCUACAACCGCACCGUGUCCAAGGUGCACGACUUCCUGAAGAACGAGGCCAAAGGCUCCAAGGUGAUCGGAGCCGAGUCUCUGGAGGACAUGGUGUCCAAGCUGAAGACGCCCAGGAGGAUCAUCAUGCUGGUCAAGGCAGGACAGGCUGUUGAUGACUUUAUCGACAAACUGGUUCCUCUCCUGGAGGCAGGCGAUAUCAUCAUCGACGGUGGCAACUCUGAAUACAGGGACACUACACGACGGUGUAAGAGUCUGAAAGAGAAGGACUUGCUGUUUGUCGGUAGUGGAGUCAGUGGUGGAGAGGAAGGGGCACGUUAUGGACCCUCCCUCAUGCCAGGAGGACACAAAGAGGCCUGGCCACACAUAAAAGACAUCUUCCAGAGCAUCGCUGCCAAGGUUGGAACAGGGGAGCCUUGUUGUGACUGGGUUGGAGAUGACGGUGCAGGUCAUUUCGUGAAAAUGGUUCAUAAUGGCAUUGAGUAUGGUGACAUGCAGCUGAUUUGUGAGGCUUAUCAUCUGAUGAAGGAUGUUCUGGGUAUGAACCAUGAUGAGAUGGCAGAGGCUUUCACCAGCUGGAACAAGACGGAGUUGGACUCCUUCCUGAUCGAGAUCACGGCCAACAUCCUCAAAUACAGGGACACUGAUGGCACACCUCUGCUGCCCAAGAUCCGCGACAGUGCCGGACAGAAAGGAACAGGGAAGUGGACGGCCAUUUCCGCCCUGGAAUACGGCACACCUGUCACUCUGAUCGGGGAGGCUGUCUUUGCCAGAUGCCUGUCCUCUCUAAAGGAUGAGAGAGUGGAAGCCAGCAGCAGACUCUCAGGCCCACAGGGGGUCAAAUUCAGCGGCGACAAGAAGGCCUUCCUGGAAGACAUCAGAAAGGCCCUUUACGCUUCCAAGAUCAUUUCCUACGCACAGGGCUUCAUGCUGCUGCGGCAGGCAGCCAAAGAGUUUGGCUGGACCCUGAACUACGGUGGGAUCGCUCUGAUGUGGAGAGGAGGCUGCAUCAUCCGAAGUGUCUUCCUGGGUAAAAUCAAAGAGGCGUUUGACAGGGACGCCGAGCUGCAGAAUCUGCUGCUGGACAACUUCUUCAAAGAUGCUGUGAAGGAGUGUCAGGAGUCGUGGCGCAGAACGGUCAGCACUGGGGUCCAGCACGGUAUCCCCAUGCCCUGCUUCACCACCGCUCUGUCCUUCUAUGACGGCUACAGACAUGAGAUGCUGCCAGCAAACCUCCUCCAGGCCCAGAGGGAUUACUUUGGAGCUCACACGUAUGAGCUGCUCUCAAAACCCGGCGUUUUCGUCCACACUAACUGGACGGGUCACGGUGGAAACGUCUCCUCUUCCUCCUACAAUGCUUAAGGACCCCACUCCCAUCACUCAAAAACACAGAGAAGAAGACUGAAGUCACCUGUGGGAGAAGACGACAUGUUACACAUUCAAACUUUCGAUUUUAUAAAAACCAUGCCUGAAUAUUCAAGACCUCAUAACCCAGCUAUCACCAUCAUCCAACUUUUUACUCCCUCAACGACAUGUUACAGUUUUAUUUAUGAAGAGAGGAAAUCAUCGGUUCUGUUUGUUGUAAACUCUGUCCCUGUCUGUAUGUAGCAACUCAGCUACAAGGGGAGGG